AUGGUCCUCCGCGAGGUAGUCGAGGGCCAGGCCGGCCUGCCCGUGCCCAACAGCACGCACUCAUACUGGCACAAGGACCCGUCCAAGAAACUCCUAGGCCACCGGUCCACGCCGGACCUGCCCGCCGAGGCCGACACAAUCGUCGUCGGCACGGGAAUGACGGGCUCCUUCGCGGCGCGCUUCCUCAAGGAGCCGGCGUCGCCCGCGAGCCAGCAGUCCCUCCUGGUCCUCGAGGCCCGCGAGGCCUGCUGGGGCGCCACGGGCCGCAACGGCGGGCACUGCCAGCCGUUCCUGUACGGCGCCCGCGAGGACGUCGCGCGCUUCGAGCUCGAGACGUACGAGUUCCUGCGGGGCCUGGUCGCGGACGAGGGCGUCGAGUGCGACUUCCGGCCCGUCAACGGCGUGCACGCCAUGCUGAGCGCGGACGUCUUCGACGCCGCCGCCGCGGCGAUCCCCGCGCUGAGGAGGAAAGUCCCCGACUUUGCCGACAAGAUCGCCGUGGUGGCUGCCGGGAAGGGGCUGGUGGACGGGCCCGAGGGCGAGGAGUGGGCGCGGGGGCUGACGCUGGAGAAGCUCAGGCUGGACCGCCCCGGGGUGGCCGGCGCGAUCGUGCAGAAGCAUGCGGCGUCCAUGUGGCCGUACAAGCUCGUCUGCCACGUGCUCGAGAGGCUGCUCGCCGAGCACGGGCCGGCAUCGUUCAACCUGCAGACCAACACGCCCGUCACGGGUGUCUCCAGGGACGCGCAGUCCGGCAGGUGGGUUGUUACUACGCCGCGGGGCAGGGUCUCCGCGAAGAAGGUCCUCCUUGCUACGAAUGGGUAUACGUCGCGGCUGCUCCCGGCCUUCUCGGACUUGAUCGUCCCCGUCAGGGGCCAGAUCGGCGCGCUGCUGCCGCCUGAGCCGCGUGUUGGGCUGGACUACUCGUACGUCUUCUUCGGGAAGGUGGAGGGCGAGGACGGGCAGGAUACCACGAGGGACGAGUAUCUGGUCCAGCGGCCCCUCCCGAGAGGAGAGCUUAUCCUCGGCGGCGGCCGGCACCUUGCUAAGGGGAUGGCUGUCGGAGAGUGGAGGGACGACACGGUCGAGCCGAGGGUGGCGACGUGGCUGCGGACCGAGCUUGAGCCUGUGCUCAGCCUUGACCGCAAGGGUGAUAAGACCCCUGAGGAGGGACUCGAGGCGUCCAUGGAGUGGACGGGCAUCAUGGCGUACAGUCGUGACCAGGCGCCGUGGAUCGGUGCUGUACCUGAGUCACUGGGCGGCGGCGAGGGCUUAUACAUCGCAUCCGGAUUCACGGGUCACGGCAUGCCGCGAUGUGCAUUGGCCGGCAGGGGUGUAGCAGGAAUCAUGCUAGGGGAUGAGAAGGGACACGGACUUCCUGAGACGUUCGUGGUGGGUGAGGACAGGGCAGCAAAGGCGAGGGAGGACUGGGGUCCUGUUGGGACUGUUGAUGAGAUGGAGACUUUGAUCGCGGAUCUGAAGCCUCUUAUCCAGUAG